GAUCUUGGAAAAGAAGUGUGAUCUCAUUGCAUGUCUCUGCUCUAACUCUGUUCAGAAAUCAUCAACACUCCCAUGGAUUCUGUUCAAUCACCCUGUGAAAAGACGGUUAUAAAAACCCACUGAACUGUACAGAAACACACCAGGAUUAUUUUCACUAAUGCUAAAGACUACACACUAAACAAACGUUCAAAAAUAAUUUACUUUGUUUUGUAAAUAUUUUCUUUAAUCAGAAACAUUGGUAUAGUUUAGUGAGAUUACUGCAGUGUUUUAUGUCAGAAGAAAAAUCUGAGAAACAGAAGACCCUCUUUCAGUCUGAGAAACUAUAGAGAUCAAUAACACAUCUAUUUCAGGUUACCUUUUUCCUGUGGGCCCCUCCUUUUUUUUCUAAGUGCUGUAGUGUGUAUAACUCUCCUCACCCCUGCACACAGAUACACCAGGGUUUGAUUCACCCAACAGACCGUUUCCUCUUUGUCUCUGGUCUGAUACACAAUGCUUCAGUUUACAACUCUCUCUGUGUUUCUCUGUGUCAUGGGUUUGCUCUCAGAGACUCUGAGCUCCCCAAAUUUGGAGGCAGAAGCUGGAGAUAACGUCACUAUUUGGUGCCAACAUGAUCUGACUGAAACAUCUUUCAUCUUCUGGUUUAAACAGACGAGUGAUUCAGUUCCACUUCUUCUUGGGUGUAAAAGGUUUAGGACAUCAGCUCCAUCAGAGACGUGUUACUUCUUUAGUGAGAGUGAGAGAAUAGUGAUGUCUGUUCAUGGCAGUAAAACGUCUCUCACAAUCACUGCAGUAAACGUCUCUGAUACAGGACUCUAUUACUGCAGCUUCACACAACUGGAGCAAGUUAGAUUUAGAAACUCCACCAAUUUACAAGUGAAAGGUUCAGUGUCUCCUGCUGUGUUCUUCAUGCUGAUUGUGGUGUUUGGUGCAGUGAUUGUGUUUCUUCUCACUGUCCUGAUCUUCAUCAUACUGAAACACAGAAAAACAGUUUCUGACUCGGACUCUGUGAAUUACGCUGCACUUCAGUUCUCUAAGAAGAAAACCAAGAGGGACAAGAGACACGAUUUUGAGGUAGGAAGGUGGAUAAGAGACCAUGGCGGGUCCUGCAUGUUGUUGAUGAGGCCAGUUGCUGAUGGAAAGAGGUUUUUAUCUUGCUGGACCACAGUCUUUGCAGGAGGGGAGAGCAUUGAAAAGAUUGCGCCAGGGUGCGAGGUGGCAGCAGUGUACCAGGUGGUGAUGGAGGAGCAUCCACUUGAGGUCCUGGCCAAAGACGAUGGAGGCGGAAGGAGGCAGAAGUGGAAGGAGUCUACAGUUUCUGACUCCGACUCACUUCAGUUCUCUAAGAAGAAAACCAAGAGGAACAAGAUAUACGAUGUAAAUGUUUAUACACAUGUUGUCUAUUCUUCAGUGGGACAGAGGAAUGUGUGA